CUCCAUUAAGUCUCAUGGCCUAAACCAGACCAUUGAGUCCCCCACCCCCCCUCUCUCUCUAGAAGUUCAUCAAAAAAUUUAAUCCAAACCCAUUGUUCUAUGUGCCUUAAAACCUCGAUUCCAAUUUCAAAAUCCUGUCUUUUAAUCUACUUUUUCAAUAAUUUAAUUAUUAUAUAUUGGGAUUAUCACCCAUUUAUUUAAUAAAUCAUUGUGUUUUAUCACAAAAUCAGAGCUUCUUUCAAUCCCCAUCAACAUGUCCAAACAAAACCCCGCAUACACAAACCCUAAACCCUGCAAACACCUUGCAGAUUACAAGCUCAAACAUGGCUUGAAUGGCUUCAAAACCCUCCAAAACUGCCUUAAAACGACCCCAUAUGGAAGAACAAGUGUGAGCAAACACAAAUCAGAGACACCCAGAUGCAGUUUGUGUUUUGGGUAUCAAGGUAGACUCUAUUUCUGCUUGAUUUGUUCUUCAAUCGCGUGUUCUAGUCAUGCAAAUGAGCAUUCCCAAUCGCACCACGGCCAUGAGAUUGCUGUGGACGUUGAAAGGGCCGAGCUUUACUGCUGUGUGUGCCGUGAUCAGGUGUAUGAUCCUGAUUUUGAUAGGGCUGUGGUGAGCAAACACUUCAUGGAUAUGCCCAGCAAUGUAAAUGGGGUGGAGGGUGUUGUGGAGGAGUCGAAUAAGAGGAGGAGAUUGGGUUUAGGGUUAGAAUUGGAGUGGAAGAGGUCGAAAAGGCUGAUUUCGAUGGCUGAUCGGAGGGCGAAAUCAAUAUUUCCAUUGGGUUUGAGGGGUUUGAACAAUCUGGGAAAUACUUGCUUCAUGAAUUCUGUGUUGCAAGCAUUGUUUCAUGCUCCACCUCUUAGGAAUUACUUCCUAAGUGACCGCCACAACCGCCAAUCUUGCCGGAGAAGGUCCUCAGAUCGCCUCUGUUUGCCUUGUGACAUUGACGUUAUCUUCUCAGCCGUGUUUUCCGGUGAUCGGACUCCUUACAGUCCUGCUCGGUUUCUUUACAGUUGGUGGCAGCAUUCAGAAAAUCUAGCUAGUUAUGAACAGCAAGAUGCUCAUGAGUUCUUCAUUUCAAUGCUUGAUCAAAUCCAUGAGAAAGAAGGAAAAUCAGGAAACCAAGAUAAAGAUAACAGAGAUUGCCAGUGUAUUGCUCAUAAAGCGUUCUCUGGGCUGUUGAGAUCAGAUGUCACUUGUACAACCUGCGGAUUUACUUCAACAACCUAUGACCCAUGUGUGGACAUUUCUCUUAACUUGGACAUGAGCUUUUGCCCUUCAACAGGCAUGACCAACAAGACCACCAAGCCAAAUGAGAAUGCAAUUAUAUCUACUCUCUUGGGCUGCUUGGAUCUCUUCACAAGACCAGAGAAGUUGGGUCCAGACCAGAAAUUGUACUGCCAAAACUGUAAAGAAAGGCGAAACUCAUUGAAGCAAAUGUCCAUCAGAAGGCUCCCAAUAGUACUAUGUCUACAUAUAAAGCGAUUUGAGCACUCAACAAUCAGAAAAAUGUCACGGAAAAUUGACCAAUAUCUGCAGUUCCCCUUCUCCUUGGACAUGACUCCAUACUUAUCCUCCUCCAUUGUCAGGAACAGGUUUGGAAACAGAAUCUUUACUUUUGAGGGAGACGAAUCGGAAACUUGUACAGAAUUUGAGGUUUUUGCUGUGGUUACUCAUUCAGGGAUGCUAGAAUCUGGGCAUUAUGUGACUUACGUCCGUGUAAGAAAUCGAUGGUACAAAUGUGACGAUGCCUGGAUUACUGAAGUUGAUGAAGGGGUGGUGAGGGCUUCACAAUGCUACUUGAUGUAUUAUGUGCAGAAAGGGUUUUACUAUAAAGCUAGUGAAGAUUUAAGUUGCCUGCCCAUGUCCCCUCCUGGGGGAGAAUCCUAUCUUCCAAUUGCCGGUUGUUGCUAAAAGGAUUGAGUCUCUCAUUCUUGCUGCUUCUGGGAGCCUGUUGAAUCAGAAUGGGCUCACUGUUAGCAACCACAAAUUGGGCUUUUCCUGCACUCUUCAACUGAAGAAUCCUGUGGUGGAAGGAGGGAGUUAUCACCAUUGAAAUGGUUCUUUCAGAAUCUUGGUGCUUUGGCAGAGAAGGUGCCAUGACACAGCCAUUGUCAAGGCCAUCAAACUUGAGAUCUACUGAUUCAAACUGGAGAAACUUUAGAUGCCCAAUUGAAUAAUUAUGAAAGGGAAUCUUUACAAAUGGGGGUGCCACAAAUAUCAAUGAAAGGACUACAGAAUUGGGUUCAGCUUGGGUUCCCAAGCUCUUCAAUGCUUUCCUGUUGGUGGCUCCUUGUAUGCAGGUCAUUGAUGUGGAUAAUAAACUUUGUUAAACAAUAUCUCAAAAUUCUGUUAUUGUUAUAAUUCUUAUUGAUAAUGCUUAAUAUAGAUUUGUAGCUUUGGCUUUUCAUAUU